AUGAAUGCUGUCAGUCAAUUUGGCGCACCCUUCAUAUGCUGGCCUGCUGGCCCUGUGACAACCUUGUGGGCUUUUGACUACAAUGAAACUUGCAAUGUAACUUGGUGGGCACCUGUCAGGGGUCUCGCGCCUGAAACCCAGCUUGGCAUGAUCAAUAUCAAUGUUAUGAUGACACCAAGGUCUGGUGUGAGUGUUGAUGAUGAUGAGGUUGAUGGUGUUGGUGAUGAGAUUGGUGAUGUUGAUGAUAAUGAGGUUGAUGGUGUUGGUGAUAAGGUUGGUGGCGUCAACACGAGUGUCCAGUGUGUUGACUUGAUGCUUGAAGUGAUCCCCGGACCGCAGUGGACUACUGCCUUUGGUUCUAUCUUGAUCCGGACUGCUAACCUGCUAUGGGUGCCUUCAGACAUCAGGUAG